AAGGCAAAAUGUUUGUCUUGAAGCCAGCACAACCUCCCCCUGUGUUAGACAAGUUCUCACAUUUAUCAUUGGAUGCACAGAAGGUCAUGGCCGGUAUCUACAAACAAUACCAGCAACAGAAAGACAAAAUCCUAAUGUCUCAAUUAGAUAGAAAGUCAUCAUCACAAGGACCAAGCAAAUAUUACCAGAACCUGUACAGAACUAAAUUUGGACAUGGACCUUUACAGAAUACACAAAACAGUCAAAGUAGUUUUGCUACUAACAAUACAAAUCAUGUAAAUGGACUUACUAACAGUACAAAUAAUCAAAAUAUUGAUGAUCCUUUACAAAACACACAAAAUCAUCAUCAAAUGACACAUACCUGGAUUCAGAAAACAUCCACAACAAAUGCUUGUUAUCAAAGAGGUGAUAGGAGGUUUGAAGGAGGUCAAAGGUCAUUUGAUAAAUAUUUUACCAAAAAUAUCGAAGAAACUGCUGUUAGAAGUCCAUAUGUCAUUUCCUCAAGAGAGACAGAAGUUUUGAUAUCAGGAAUUGAGAAUUCAUCAUAUAUAGCCUGUGAUGAUGAAGGUGCUGUCCCCUCAGUUCAAAGGUCAUCUCAAGAAUCAGCUCCUUUGUCACUUUCUCCUGUGUUGUUUCCUAGUUUGGAACCUAUAGAGAAGGAAAACACUGAUGUGACACUAGACCACUGUAAUAGUUUGGAAACUAUAGAGAAGGAAAACACUGAUGUGACACUAGACCACUGUAAAAGUAUUGCUGAUCGCAGUUUUAGACAUUCAAUAUUUGUUUCUGAUGAUAAAAGAGAGGAAUUUUCCAAACCAAUGGAGAUAAAAGUGAAUGAUAAUAAAGUAGUUAGAAACAACCAAAAGUUAUCAGAUGUGAUGGAAAUACAGGGUGAUGUUAUUAUUCCACUAACCACUGACAAUGGAUCUGAAAAUAAAUAUUUACAAGAAAGAAUUGUGUCAGCCAUGAUACAAGUCGAAGAUAAGGAUUCAAAAGUACCAGAAAGAAGUGUGUUUGCCAUUGUACAUCCUGAGGACAUAGAAAAAGAGACUAAGACAUCUGACCAGAGUAAUACAAUGUGUUCCAUUUCUAAAAGAUUACUGCAACAUCAACAGAUCAGGAAUGAGCUGAAGGAAACUAAAAGUCAAUCACCAGACAUAAAAGUAUCGGACCAAACAAAUAAAAGGAAAAUUCCCUCAUUCUUUGCUCCAUACAAAAAACAAAAAGUUUCAAAUAAAAACAAUGAUAAUGUAAUCUCCCAGGUUGAGAAAAACAGUACUGCUGUUGAUAUCACAUGUUUAGAUACAAGUCAAAGGUCGGAGUUGCUUCAGGAAGUCCAGAAAAGUAAAGAAAUACUAAUAGCUGUAGUGUAUGAUGACUCAACUAAUCAGCUGAGGGAUAAUUCUGCCAAAAAGAAGACACAGAGCAUGAAAUCAAAGUCCUUUGAACAGAUUGCAUCUGUAGUAAUUGGAUUGGUAUGCAGCAAUACUGACAAACUACAACUGUAUAGUAUGCCUUCCAAGAUCAAAAAUACUCAUUUAGUGGAAUGGAUUAGGUCCUUCUGGGAUUCAGUAUUUUCUUGUUCUUCAAGAAAAAUAUGUUAUGGAGCAAAAGAACUGUUUGUGAUCCUUCUGAAGAACAUAUUUAAUGAAUUAAAAGUAAAGUUAGGAGAUUGGACAGUUAUUGAUCCACGGGUGGCAGGCUGGUUGCUGGAUCCAGACUAUCCCCCAUCUUGUUUUGAAGACAGUUUAAAUUCAGUUAACCUUGAGCAGAAGAAGAAAGAAGUGAUAGACUGCAGUGAGCUAUUGGAAGAGGACAUCUCAUUACUUGGUAAAUUAAUGAAUCGUCUGUACCAGAAACUACAGUCUAGAGAGUUAUGGGACCUGUUUUGUUGUGUGGAGACUAAACUGGUUCCGUUACUAGCCUUGAUGGAAUGCCAGCAGGUUAAGAUUGAUACAGACAAACUAAUGAUGUUCUCCAAUGUCUUAAAGAAAAAGCUGCAGAAAUUAGAACAGAAAGCCUAUGACUCUGUAGGUCACUCAUUCUUGAUGAAUAGUCCUGCUCAACUGAGACAAGUACUAUUUGAAGAGUUAAAGCUAGACACAAAACUUCCCAAGAAGAAUAAAUUAGCCAAGACAUCUAUCGGUCAUCAGAUUUCCACAUCAGAAUCAGUGUUACAACAACUUGUAGGCUUCCACCCAUUGCCUGGAUUAGUGUUGGAAUAUAGACAAUUUCAGAAGUUAAAGUCCACCUAUAUGGAUGGUAUAAUGAGUUGUGUACAGAAGGACUAUUUGUUGACCCAUUGGGACCAGAUAUCUGCUGCUACAGGCCGCCUCUCCUCAUAUCAACCUAAUGUACAGGCCAUACCUAAAACUUCAAUAACUGUCUCCAACUAUAAAGACAAUUUUAUUGUUGAUAAAGAAGAGGAUGAUACAUUAGAAAUAUUUGCUAGAGACAUUUUUAUAAGCCAGGAAGGAUGGUCAUUUCUGGCAGCAGAUUUCCAACAGAUUGAACUAAGGUUACUGGCACAUCUAGCAGAUGAUGAGGUACUGUUACAGAUAUUUCAGAAACAGAAUGACUCAGAUAUAUUUGUAGAACUUACGUCACAGUGGCUUGGUAAAUCAAUUUCCAGUAUUACCUCAUCAGAGAGAGAACAGACCAAGAGAAUUGUAUAUUCUGUUAUGUAUGGGGCAGGAAAAGAAAAGCUUGCUGAAUAUUUGAAGAUAAGUCCUGACAAUGCAAAAGCUAUAAUGAACAGUUUCUUAGUUAAGUUUCCUGCUGUCAAUCAGUUUUCCAAGAAGUGUGUAGAAUUCUGUCAGAAGCAUGGUUUUACAAGCACAAUUUUCAAAAGAAAGAGAAUGAUUCCAAAUAUAAAACACCCAUCACCUCCUCUCAGAGCUCAAGCUGAAAGACAAGCUGUCAACUUUUGUGUUCAAGGGUCAGCAGCAGAUUUAUGUAAAGCAGCAAUGCUUCAAAUAGAACAGUCACUUAGAAACCAUCAGCACCUCAGGGCUAGACAGUUAUAUCAGAUACAUGAUGAGUUACUGCUGGAGGUCCAUGAUGACGACAUCAAGGCAGUUCAAAGCAUAUUAAAAACAGUAAUGGAAGAUACUAGUGCAUUAUGUGGUUCUGUUGUUAAAUUAAAGGUUCCAGUAAAAGUUUCCAUCAGUGUUGGAAAAACGUGGGGACAUAUGACUGCUGUAAAAUAACUAUGACAUCAUUUAGAUCAAAUUAUUGUGAACCAUUUUGGGCCCACUUCAGAGUUUAUAAGUACAUUUUGAAUCUGUUUCUGAAGACUUUACAAUAUGUGACUUUGAAAUUAAUAUUGUCAGCAUUUUGAGAUUUAAACAAAAUAGAUUGGACUUUGCUGUCAAAAAACAAUUCAAAAUCUUACAAUAAUCUUGAUUCACUAGCAUUUUUUAAAUACUGUUUCUUCAAAAUAAAAGUCAGUUCAUAUAUUAAA